UUGCACACACACAUACGUCCUCCAAUCUGAGCCGCUUUGAGUCACACCAUUUCAUCUGGUGCUAUCAGGGUUGAUGAGAGCCUCUUGUCUUUCUCGGUCGGCUGCAGCUGCUGUGUGAAGCACAACGACGCUGUAAAGGCAGGAUUUUUCUGCUGGUGCUUUGUGAGUUGGUAAUCAGAUUUUCUUCACAUCUGAACAUCUUUGCUUGUGUAAUGGUUACGUCAUGAUGACAUCCGCAUGGAUGUUGGUGAUUGCUGUGCUGGUAGACUCUGCAAACGGAGCGAGAAGCCAGGGUGACAUCCAACCAUGUGCAAGGAUCCACACAUCAAGUUCGGUGGUGCCUCUGGGUUCACCUGUCACAGCCACCUGUGUCAUCAGAGAAGACUGCCCUCUAGUUAUUGGACAAGCUGUUCAUAUUGAGUGGCGUCUUGGCAGUGAGCUUAUUCUCAACAGCUUUGCAGCCAAUGAGAGCAACAGGGUUUCCAGGAUUGUUGUACCGAGCUUCAAUCGCACCGAGGCACUACUUGUCUGCUGCAUCCAGAAUUGUUCUCAAGUUGUCACCGGAGUCCAGAUUCGAGCUGGAUACCCACCAGAAGAGCCACAAAACCUGACCUGUGAGACAAAGUUCAGCUCCCCUAGUUCCUUGAACUGUGAAUGGGAGCCUGGGCAGCGGGACACCCACCUCCCUACAAAGUACUCCCUGCACACUGAAAUAAGAGACAUAAAUGAGAACUAUACUUACAAACUGCCACCAGAUGUCCAUCACUAUUCGAUUCCUCGUAAUGAAUUUGUUCUGUUCAAUGACAUCAAGAUCUACGUAAAGGCAGAGAAUGACCUUGGAGUGGCAACUUCAGCACCCCUGGUUUUUGAUCCUGUACAGGCAGCUAAGUUCGACCAACCCAGUAUUGAAACGGUUGGUGUGGAGCCUAAAAGGUUAGGUUGCCUCAAGCUGAAGUGGAGAAUGUCCCAGCAGCAGAGUUGGCUUUCUCACAACCAACUAAGCCUCGAAGUCCGACUUAGGACUGCUGACAGCGACCAAAUGAGCGACCCACCAAUUCUUGUAAGCCAAGUGAGGCCAACCAAAGCGGUCACGGAAUGCUGUCGUCUCCUUCAUGGAACUCGAUAUUUGGCUCAAAUUAGAGUCAGAUACUACAUGCAGGGACCCUGGAGCGAGUGGAGCAGCAGCAAAUCCGGAGUCACCUUGGAGACCGCUCCAACUGGACGUUUAGACUCGUGGAUGAAGGUAUCAAGGAAUCACACAAGCAAAAACCUAGACAUACAGUUGUUCUGGAAGCCAUCAAAACAGUUCCGUGCAAAUGGCCAAAGUUUGACAUACGUCGUCUUAAAACCAAAUCCUCGUGGCAAGAGAGAAAGAAUGUGCUCCACAAACGAGAAAUGGUGCGCUUUUCAAGUUUCUGGGAGAGUAAGGAAAGUGUAUCUGAGCGCUGUGAAUAGUGUGGGGGAAUCUCCCCUCACUAAAAUCAGGAUUUACCAGCCUAAAGCUCACACGGCAAUCAUGGAUGUCACAGCUUUUCCUCAUAAUGACAGAUCGUUUCUGGUCCAGUGGACAGCUGAGGUGACUUUAGGUCUCACUGAUUACGUGGUGGAAUGGAAACCUUUACUAAAUCUAGACCUCAGCCACAUUCGUUUUGAAACUGUGAAUAAAAACCAGUCUAGUCUCAUCAUAAACGGCAGCUUUGAGCCCUACAAGCCCUAUGGGAUCUCUGUAUAUCCCCGGUUUAAGGAUGGGAUGGGGCCUCCUCAGACUGUUAAUGCCUACUUGAGACAAAAGGCUCCAUCAGUGGUUCCUAAAAUUCAAAUUAAAAAGACCUGGUGCUCAGAUAUAGAAGUUUCAUGGGAUGAAAUCCCUUUGCAGCAAAGGAAUGGAUUUAUUAAGAGCUACCAAGUCUUCUACUGGGAAGAGAACGGAUCUGUACAAGUUGAGAGAGCUGAUGCAGAAGACAGGAGAGUGAUCCUGAAGAACCUCAACACUGCAUCUACGUAUGAAGCUUUCAUGAUGGUUAGCACAUUUGGUGGGAGCCUGAACGGAUCAACAAUUUAUGUUAAAAUGAACUCCUUUGAUGCUUUGACUGUUGUGAUCACUGUAACUGCAAUUGGAGUUGGACUGGCAUUUCUGAUCAUUUCCACCAUCUGGACCUGCUUCUCCAAACACAAAAAGCUGAAUGGUUACAUGUGGCCAGUAGUUCCAGAUCCGGCUAACAGCAGCAUUAAAAAAUGGUCUUCAGAAUCAACACAGUUUACCCAUCCAUCCUGGGACAACGAGGAGCCAAAUCCAAUAUGCUUGUCCCAUCUCAGCUUCCUGGACCUUCCAACCACACUUAGCAAAGAAGAGGAUGAUAUCUGGUUGAACAGCUCAGAAGACACCAGCGAUCUUGGCGAGUCGAUUUGUGGCUCACCGUUCAUUCCUACAUACUCUGGUAGAAACAGCGAGUCUGUUCCUUAUGCGACUGUACUGUUGUCCUCUUGCAACGACCCAGUGCCUGAUGAGCCUCAUGUCUACCUGCGCUCUGAAUCUACACAACCCCUCUUGGAAACUGAAGAGUAUUUCACUCCAAAAUGCUACCAGAAUGUUGCAAAUGAUAGAAUGUCAAAAGAGCAGUGUUUCUUUGGGCCCUGUGACGAUGAUAUCCCCGAAGGAGAGGAAGGCCCAGCUAUUGUUUGGGAUGACUUUCCCUUUCUGCGUGCCUUGGCCAUGAAUGAGAGUGAAAAUGACUAAAGUUAAUUUACUGGUCAUUAGAGUAUGCUUGCUUUGAGUGUGGUUUUUGUUUGUUUGUUUGUUUUUAUGUUUUUGUCUUUUUGUAAAUGAACCCACCAAGCGUUACACCUCAUGAUUAUUUUUGUUUCUGUGCUGCUUUUUACAUUUAUAGAAAUACACUUUUUUUAAACAUAUGUUUUACUUUUCGUGAGGUGGUUAAAGGUUAAAUGAACAGAUUUAAGUCGUGUUUUUGUUACAUUUCACGAAAGUUAAAACAGGCUACUGCCAAAAGCUCUAAUGUUUGAGGCUUUGUGUACAGGUGAAGCAUCUCUAUAGUCUGUGGUGCCAGGAUACCAGGCUUAGUUGCAGUUUUGUAAUACAAUUGAGAUUUAUUUUCACCACCUGAGUUAUUGUCUUGUUCUGCAAAUAGCCUUUGUUUAUUUGUAGCUGUUCACUUUGAUCUAAAUUUUACCAUGAAUAUGAUCUAAUUUAGGCAAAUAAUUGUGUUUUGUUGCCAUUUUUGUCACCAAAUGUUUGAGGAUUAGCACACAUCUGUCAAUGUUAUGGAAUGUUCUCUUACCAUUUUGAGCAGAAGCUAAUAGAAAUAAACCUCUUUGUUAUGUCAUAUAUUAACCACAGGGAAAUAAAAAAAUAAUUAGGAAUUACUAAUUAACAUUCCUAUGCGAAGUUAAGAAAAUAUUUUUAGAAAAUCUUAGUUCUGUUUAUUUCAUAAAAUUGAUCAGACUCUAAACGUAAUUGGAACUCGUGAUUUUGUAAAAAAAAUAAAUAAAUAAAUAAAAAAAUAAAAUAUAUAUAUAUAUAUAUAGAUAUAUAUAUAGAUAGAUAUAUAUAUAUAGAUAUAUAUAGAUAGAUAUAUAUAUAUAGAUAUAUAAUUCUAUUAGCGUCUGUUCUUUAAGGGAGUGGUUUAAACAAUAGCUGAUUUGGCAAUAGGUGGAAAUGUCUAACAAUAUUUUCUAAAACUAUAUUGUUGACCUCAAGAUUCAUUACAUAUUGUGAGAAAACAUGAAUACCUCAUUCACUGACUGGUUAAACUCAGCUGUAGUCCAAAGAAAGUAGCUUCACGAAUAUAUAUAUAUGAUGUGCCUAUAUGUGUGAUGGCCCAUGUGAGAGGCAGAUUCUUAUAUUCUUUAGCUGGAUGAUCACGGUGCUGCACUCUGAUAAAUAUGUAAAUAAAAAAUGAUUUGUGAUUUCUGUAACCUCUUU